AUGGUUCCCAAUAAGAGUACUUUCCAACUAUUCGUCCGAGAAAAAUCUCAUGUUAGUAGCAGUGCGAACUCCUUAGGAAUUAUAGAAACUGAACAAACCACAGAUAUCUCAGAAGAUGUGUUUAUGGAAGUGUUUGGCACUUCUCCUACGACGACCAUCAGCGAAGCAGAACUCAAGUGGGCCAAAGCGACCGAAGAUUUCCCAAAAAAUGUGUUUAUGAGAAAAAUGGGAAAAUUCAUCCUCCAAGCAAAGCUCGCUAAAACCAAAGCGACCUCACAUAAGCGACCUCAAAAUAAGUUGGUGAGAAAUGUCAGUACUUCCUCUACUGAGACCAUAAGUAGCCAAAGCACUGCAGAGUUGGCGACAACCAAAGCCACCACAGACAUCCCAAUAACACUAUUUGUUAGAAUGGCUGGCAAAUUACCAGAUCAUAGACAUCGUUAUCUUUGCGAUCUAUUCAGGACAACCGUUCUCUACUGGCCUUCUUCAUAUGGAAAGAUAGUCGUGGUGCUUGAUGAUGAAGCGAGGGAGGAUCAUGAAUUUGGCGAUAAGAUAAUAAGUGAGACAAAAAAAUACUUUCCUGACCGUAACCUUGAGGUUCUUUAUGAAGCUCUUCCAAAAUACAGAAGUACGUUGAAUUUUCCAGGUUCGCCUAAGUCGCCAGGCUACAACCGGCAGCUUUGGAGCAGUUUUUUUAUUGACUUGUAUUCGAAUGACUCCGUUAUUGCGUGGAUGGACACGGACGCCGCAUUUUUCACCCCAGUAACUAAGUCGUCGAUUUUCCAUGGCACAAAGCUACGAGUAUUGGGAACAGGCUGCACAUUCAAAUUCAGGUCUUGGGUACAUACCUGGGCAAGGACUACAGAAUUGGCCUUGGGGCUGCCAUUUGUCGUUGAUUCUAUGACCUAUUUUCUGGUAUAUAUCUACCGGGACACCUUUACUAAUUGCAGAGAGUACAUUCUGAAGAGAUUUAAGACCAGAAACUUUGAAAAGGCCUUCAGGAAGUUUUACAAGGGCUUCAUCUCUCCAGUCAGCGUUAUACUCAGUUAUGCGUGGUACUUUGAGCGAGACCGCUACGACUGGAAUCUCGAGAUCUGUGAUGACCUCUCAAAAUAUAACAAACGGUUUCCUAAAGGCCAUACCAUUGGACCAGAACAUGUAGUGACUUUUUUGUCCGAGCCUCAAACAGCUUUCCAUGGACAUCCUGGAAAUGAUGAUAUCCUAACGCCAAAAAUUCUAGCAAGUUAUUGCUUGUUACAUAAAGCGGCGGGAAAUAAGUUAAACAUAUGCUCCAAUGUUUCCGUGUCACUGAGCACUAAUUUGGCCUUUCUUAAGCAUGAUCUACAGGGACUCGAAGUUCGGGGUCUAGAUAAAAAACCAUGUAUUGGCAACAAUUUAAAUAAAUGUUUGCAAGUUCUGGAACGUCAUUACAACCAAGUUGGGCUUGAAAUCAAGCAAGGCCGACGCAAGCUUGAAUGGCACAAUGUGGAAACUGCCGAAAUGCUUGCUAGAGAGUUUGAUAUGCAAUGUCCGUCAAUAAGGCAGAAACCUCUUAAAACCAAUGAGCAAAAAAUCGGCGUGAAGAAAGCCAAGACGCGUGUUAAGGCAACGCGGAGCAGAUCUAUCCGUGGGAGGCGGCGUGGCCUUUAA